AUGGCAGGCAAGCAGCCAGAACCGUCCCAGCCGCAAGCGGUGCCUUCGUCGUCGCGAGAUUCUGGUCGCAGUUCGCCCGCAGAAUCUCAACGCGAACGUGCAGACAGCAUUGCACGACUGGGCUCUCCCGUGCCUUCCACCCAGAUUGGCUCACCAGCUGUCCGCCAAAUACCAACACCAGCCCAGCUCGACGACUCUCCCGCAAUAGAGUCGCCCCUGCCCGGCCGCUCCGUCCCACAGUCGCUGCCCGGGCCAGCCGAAUCGGCCCUCUCGUCAGCGCUCAAGGAGUCAUUCGGCAGGAGCCCCCCACGCUUCGGUCCAGCACCAGCGCGGCCGCUGUCUCCCUCGACGAAAGAGCCCUCGAUACGCGCACCCCCAAGCCACUUUGGUUCCUACGAUGGCCGUGGCCGCUCUCCCGUGCCCUACGAAGACCCCGAAAUCGUGCGCAGACAUUUGGUCGGACAAUACGCGUCUCCCAGCCGGUCGAACCGUGGGUUUGCAGGCGAGGAUGAUACUCAGUCGAACGGCAGGCGUGAGGAGGAAGAGGAAGACGAGGAGUUCUCGAGCCUGCAACUCCAGGGCGGUGACAUCACGCGCCAGAUCUACAGGUGGAGCGAGCAACAACAACGCGAGGAAGAGGCAGGCAGGAUGCAGCGGAGCAAGAGUUUCCACGAAUCCCGGCCACGCCCAGACGAGCAUGUCCUGAACAUCGAGUCCAUCAGGCAGCCCGGAGGCUUUCGACGCAAUUACCUGCGGAGAGCUGCUGGUAGUCCCUCUCCAGCACCAGGUCCCUCCGGCUACGGAUCCAUCCACCAGCCUCGACAACAGCCCCAGGUCUUCACAAGCAACUUCUUGGAGUUCCUCACUUUGUAUGGCCACUUUGCAGGUGAAUCUCUUGAAGAAGACGAUGAAGUGCUGGGUCCAGACGAGUACUUCUCUUCGGACGCACUAGACUCUGGAGAGCACUCAGAAGACGAGGCGCGAGAGUAUGGAGAAUCAAGCGGCCUCCUUGCUCCAGGCAAACGUAGAAAGCGUAAGCCGAAGAAGACUGGCAAUGGUAGCCCAACGGGUGCAGCCAUGCUUCUCUUGAAGUCAUUUGUGGGAACGGGCGUGCUGUUCCUGCCUCGUGCCUUCCUCAAUGGCGGCAUGGUCUUUUCCAAUAUCGUGCUUCUAGCCGUGGCAGGUCUCUCGUAUACUUGCUUCGUCCUACUGGUUUCCACACGACUCGUCGUUGAACAUUCCUUUGGUGACAUGGGUCUGCACCUGUACGGCAAGUGGAUGCGUAACAUGAUCAACUUCUCGCUCGUCAUCUCGCAAAUCGGCUUCUCCUCUGCCUAUAUCGUCUUUGUGUCUGAGAACCUUCAAGCCUUUGUCUUGGCAGUCACCAACUGCAGGACAUACAUUGGCAUUGGUUACAUGAUAUUGAUGCAGAUGGUCAUCUUCCUUCCACUUUCGCUUUACCGGAACAUCAACAACAUCCAGAAGCUUGCCCUUGUGGCGGAUCUGUUCAUUCUUCUAGGUCUUGUCUACCUGUAUUACUAUGAUCUUUUCACCAUCGUCAGCCAGGGCGGUGUCUCGGACAUCAUCAACUUCAACCCCAGUAGCUGGACGCUCUUCAUCGGCACGGCCAUCUUUACUUUCGAAGGUAUUGGUCUUAUCAUUCCCAUCCAGACUGGCAUGAAAGAUCCCAAGAAGUUCCCCAAAGUCCUUGGAGGUGUCAUGGUGAUCAUCACCGUCAUUUUCAUUAGCGCAGGAGCUCUGUCCUAUGCAGCUUUCGGGUCCAAGACCAAGACUGUCGUCCUUCUCAACAUGCCCCAGGACAACAAGUUCGUCAAUGCCGUACAGUUUAUUUACUCACUCGCUAUUCUACUGUCUACACCACUACAGAUCUAUCCCGCUAUUGAGAUCACUAGCCAGCAGCUCUUCAGCAGGACAGGCAAAUACAACCCCUACGUCAAGUGGAAGAAGAACUUCUUCCGCUUCUUCAUGGUCGCGGUCUGUGCCUGCAUUGCCUGGGCAGGCGCGGGCGAUCUCGAUAAGUUCGUCAGUCUUGUAGGAAGUUUUGCCUGUAUUCCGCUGGUCUUCAUCUAUCCUCCUAUGCUCCAUUACAGGGCUGUCGCGCGGACAUCUUCCGCACGUCUCAUGGACAUACUCCUUGGCAUCAUCGGUAUCGUCGGCAUGGUCUAUACUACUUCCCUGACGAUCAAUUCUUGGGUUCAUGGCGGCGCACCCAAAGCUCCUGGCUACUGUGACAGUCGCUGA